AUGAAGCAGCGCUACAAAUAUGACCCGGCCAAAUUCCACUUGGCGGUAGCCGGUCUGUCUGGCACCGGAAAGUCGUCCUUGAUAAACGCUUUUCGAGGGAUCAAAAACAAAGCAAAGGACGCAGAACCGACAGAUUUUGUAGAGUGCACCUCGGAGGUCAAACGGCUUCCGGACAAGGCACGGCCUCAAAUUGUUUGGUUCGAUGUCCCUGGAGCUAAUACACUGAAGGUACCGGAUUGGCGGUACUUCAAUGAUCAGGGACUUUACAUUUUCCAAGCUAUAAUCGUCCUGUAUUCCAGUCGCUUCACUGCUACUGACAUAGCUAUCCUCCGAAACUGCGAACGCUAUAAUAUCCCGACAUACCUCGUUCGUUCUCAAUCUGAUACCCCACUCCGAGAGAUCAUCAAAGAAAAGAUAAAUGAGGACGAGUUCCUUCUCGCAGACAUAGACCCUGCAAUCCUUGAGGAAGCGCGGCAGGAAUUCAUUGACAGAACACAGGCGAAUGUGGACUCUAAUCUGAAACAAGCGGGGCUUGAGCAGAAAAGGAUGUAUGCCGUGAGCAGAGAUGCGCUGUACAAUUUGGUUAUUGGCAAGGACAGUCGGAGUAGUAUCUGCUUGCAUGAAGUGGAACUUGUGGAGGAUAUUAUUAGAGAAGCCCUGGAACGACGAGGGGUAGAUGUUCCCGAAAUGCGACAAGUGUCCUAA